AUGACUCGCACCGUGACAUCGCCGCCGUCGUGCAGUACGCGAACCAAGACACAGCGCCAGCAUCAUCAGCAGCACCAGCAGCACCAGCAGCAACGCGACCAGGCGCCGCCAGGCCUCGCCGAACCGCCACCGCCGACCUCUGCCUCCCCGGUACCUCCUCCUCCGCACCAGGCACACACCCAUGCAAACACACACCAGUUCAUCUACGCCCACGACGAGCCGCCGCCAAAACGAACAAAGCUACACCAUUCCCCGCCUCAGGUGUCGGGGCAGCUCGCUCUGCGCGCCAGAGAUGCUCAGGGCCAGUCCAGCGUCGUUGCACGGCCUCACUCUCUACCCCAGCGGCACAUACAGACGCAAUUGGUGACCAUCAGGAGUCCCAGGAACGGCGAUGACAGUCCUGGAAACCGUGCAGGUGGCUGUCUAUCGUUCGCGAAACCGGAUGCUACAACCAAUUCUGCCACCAGGACCAGUGACUCGACGUUAGUCCGUCCAACAAGGGCUUCGUUGAGACAUUCUCGAUCUACACAGGUGGAUGACGGAGAUAUGCCCCUUGUCCAGAGAGCUCCCGGUGGCGGAGAAGAUGCUGAUAUGCAGGGUGUUGAAGCUACUACUAACAAUGAAGUUCAUCUGAAAACACCGCAGGGCCCCAGUGCCACCACUCCGGCCGGAGGGGAAAAGAGGUCUUUACGGUCUCAUGAUGGGGGCACCCGGCCUUCAAAGAGUGAAUUGGCUAUGUAUUUCCCCAAUUAUGAACAGAUCCUUAGCUUGGAACCAGCAAAACAAGAGUUUCUCUGUGCUGAGACGACAGUUACCCUGGUGGAUGACCUCACUGAACCGGUAACACUAGACCAUGAAGGACUAGGAACCUCGUCACUGCCACAGAAUCCCCUUGAAAACCUGCACAACGCAGAAGUCGUUGAUGUUGGGUCAUUCGAAGGAACUGAUGGUAAAGACCCGUUAGAUGAAGAUACCUUUUUCAAAGCUCACAGGAGGCUUGAAAGGCAAGAGAAGCAGCUGCGCAAUCUUGAAAAGGAGCGAGCUCAAUAUGAAAAGACCCAACUAGAUCACUUACUGGGCGAGCUACAGGGUCACGACUGGCUCCGGGUUAUGGGAAUCAACGGAGUCACCGACAGCGAAAAGAAGCUGUACGAGCCUAAACGAGACUAUUUCGUUGGAGAGGUCACUGCUUUGCUUGAAAAAUUCCGAGCAUGGAAGGAAGAGGAAAAGCGAAGGCGAAUUGAGCGGGAACAGGCCCUCCUGGCGGAAGAAGACGAGCAGUCAGACUCGCAGGAAGAAGACGAGGACGAAGAUGAAGAAGAAGCUGAGGAAGAAGAUGAUGAUGAUGAGGAUGAAGGUGAAAGUGGUCUCGUUGAGGGAAGCUCUGAACGGACGUCAACCACGGCAAUUGGUAGUCUCCCAGACCCGGACGAUGUCGACCGUCUAGCUGCACACCAACUCUACCAGGAGGUGAUAUCAGCCACCAAAAACAAGAAACUGAAGGUUCAGAAGAGUAAUCAAACCUCUCAACCAGCUAAGCAAUCCAAAGCGCAGCCUCAACAGCAGCCAACAGGAAACAAGGGCCUGGACUCUUCAAAGCCUGCAGCGACAUACAUCGAGCCCAAUCCUUGGCCGACAGGACCUUUCCUAUCAUUCUACUCCAAACCUCAUCUCCGAGAAUCAGCUCUCAAGAAGCACAAGCGAGGUCGAACGCGAAUGGCAUUUGGGAAACCCCUGCCGGAACUGGAGGAGGCCUCGUUCCGACUGCCUGAUGAGAUCCUCACCCCAGAGGCCAUCCGGGCUGCUCAGAGGAGGAACAGGCGGAUGAGGCGAGAGGAUGGGAAACCAGGAAACCGGUGA